AUGCAGCGCACCUGCAGGAUGGAAGCAUCCGCACCAGCGGUCUCGCUCUUUUGUUUCUUCUGCUCUCUCGUCUCGCGGGCCCUCGCUUCGCGGGGUUCUCCCCUUUGGACCGCGGGGCACAAGCGACAUUCUCUCUCCGUCCUCCGAGGCUUCCCCGAAGAGAAAUUCCAAGAAACUUUUUUCCCCUUCCCCCUCACCCUCCCUUUCGGGUGCCUGCAUCAUUUUUUUUUGUCAAAACCGGCACAGACUGAGGUCAUGGCAUUUUGGCCUCGAACCCUUGUUCCCUGUCUGACCGCGCCCACCAAACACUCCCAUCACACCCACAUGAACAACCAUGAUCCAGCCCGACAGGACCCUUCAAAACAUGCAGCCUUCGUGGGGCCACGGCAUGGUAGAAGCGACCGGUGCAGCGAGCAUGGAAGCGAUCUUCGUCCCCCCUCACUCUUCCCUGAACCGGUCCGCCCACCCUUGACCAUCGGCGUUUGCCCUCCAGGGUGGGCUGGCACGGCCGGAAACUGCGCAGUCACGCAGUGA